GUCGUCCGUCGUAACAUUUGCUGUGCUGCUGCUAAUUUCAACUCGCAAGAAAAAAGACUGUGCUGGCGAUUAGUCUGGUUUGAACAAAAAACGCGAGAAUAAAAACGUAAAAAUCUUUUCGGACACUUUAAACCUAGUUUCAGCCCCAAAAUUCCACGCCAAUCGAUCGCAGCAAGCCACGGGAACAAACGGAUUUUGUUUUUGGGCCUCGGAGCGCAUUGAUUGGGAAGAUAUUUUCGAAAAAUAAAUUGCUUGUGUCAGUGUUGAGAUAUUGUGGGAAGAAAAAUUCGUGAAAAAAAAUUGACGCGUGAUGAGUUUGUAAAUUGGUUUCUUCUUGAUCCGUCUGAUUUUGGGAUCGCUAGGAGGGUGUGGAUAUUGUGAAGUCGAAGAAGUGCAAAAUUAUGAUAGUGCAUUGGAAAAAAUCGAAACUACAAAAAAAAUAUUUGGGUUCGUCGCAUUUGCUGCGUGUUUUUUCUCAUUCUGCUUCUACUUUCGGGAGGAGUGAGUGAGCGAAUAGUGAGGAAAGAAAAAGAAGGCCACAGAAGUUUUUCCCUUGACUACUACGAUCAGCAGUAGUGAGCCAGCACUGGCUGACAUUGUUAUUUUUUUCUUCUCUGGUCAGUAAUCAAAUUUCUAUUGUGUCUCUGCUGCCUAGUGACGGAUUGCCGUAGCGAGCAUCAAUUCUAUAGAUAAAUCUCUCACUUAGGAGUUGCUAAUAAACUAGAAAUUCGAAGCAUUUUUGAAUAAGGGAACACAACCAGGAAGUGACGAGUAAUCACCUGAGUGAGAAAAUAAAACACUAAACAAGAAAAACAAACACCAGUACUAGUAGAAAAGCUGCCAGUUGCUGUGUAGCAGCAGCGAAAAGCAAAGAAAAAAGAUGGAUUCCGACGAUGAAAGCUUCGAUGGCGACUCCGGAAAUGUUUCUAGUGGCGAUGACGACUUUGCGAUGGAUGUGGACAUCAACAAUCCUCGGGGGGAUCGUGGCCAACAGGAGGAUGACUAUCCGUUCGAGGUGCUAACGACGGAAGAAAUCGUCCAGCAUAUGAUCGACUGCAUCAAGGACGUCAACACGGUUGUCGAGAUCCCUGCCACGACAACUCGAAUCCUGCUUAACCACUUCAAAUGGGAUAAAGAAAAACUAAUGGAACGAUUCUACGACGGCGACCAGGAGAAGCUGUUCCGGGAAGCGCAUGUGAUUAAUCCGUUUCGGAAGCCCAGCACAGUCAACAAGCCAAAGAUCAAAAAAUCAGGAACAGAAGAUUGUGAGAUCUGUUACUCGUCGUUUCCUCCCAGUAUGAUGACUGGCCUGGAGUGUGGUCAUCGGUUUUGCACGCAAUGCUGGCAAGAGUACCUGACCACCAAAAUCGUGGAGGAAGGUUUGGGUCAGUCAAUCGCUUGCGCUGCCCAUGGGUGCGACAUCCUCGUUGAUGACGUCACAGUGAUGCGCCUCGUUCAGGAUUCUCGAGUCAAGCUGAAGUACCAGCAUCUUAUUACAAAUAGCUUCGUCGAGUGCAAUCGAUUGUUGCGUUGGUGCACAUCGGCCGAUUGCAACUACGCCAUAAAGGUACAGUACGUCGAUCCUCGCCCCGUCGUAUGCAAAUGCAAUCACGUGUUUUGCUUUGAGUGUGGCGAAAACUGGCACGAUCCCGUACAAUGCCGUCUGUUGAAGAAGUGGAUCAAAAAGUGUGAUGACGAUUCGGAAACGUCUAACUGGAUCGCGGCUAACACCAAGGAAUGUCCGAAAUGUAACGUCACGAUCGAAAAAGAUGGUGGCUGCAACCAUAUGGUGUGCAAAAAUCAAAUUUGCAAAUAUGAUUUCUGUUGGGUUUGCCUUGGUUCUUGGGAGCCACAUGGUUCGUCUUGGUAUAACUGUAAUCGUUACGACGAGGAUGAAGCUCGUGCUGCACGCGACGCACAGGAGAAGUUCAGAUCAUCGUUAGCGAGAUACUUGCACUACUAUAACCGUUACAUGAACCACAUGCAAUCACUAAAGUUUGAACACAAACUUUACGCCUCGGUCAAAGCCAAGAUGGAGGAAAUGCAACAGCAUAACAUGUCCUGGAUAGAGGUUCAAUUUCUGAAGAAAGCCGUUGAUAUCCUGUGUCAGUGCCGCCAGACACUCAUGUGUACGUACGUAUUUGCGUACUAUCUGCGCAAAAACAACCAGUCGAUGAUUUUCGAAGACAACCAAAAGGAUCUGGAGACGGCCACGGAGAAGCUGUCGGAAUACCUGGAACGAGAUAUUACGUCGGAGAAUCUGGCCGACAUCAAACAGAAAGUACAAGACAAAUAUCGGUACUGCGAAAAACGUCGAAAAGUUUUGCUCGACCACGUUCACGAAGGGUACGAGAAAGAUUGGUGGGAUUACACCGAUUGAUAGAAUAUAACCGUCGAAUUAGAAGGCAAAUUCAAUCGACCCGGAUUUACCUAAAAAACAAAAAAAAAAUGUACGUUGAAACUAUUGGCGCGCUCAAAUCAGCAAACAGUAAAACAAAAUAAAAAGUUUGCAGCAAAAAAAAAACAAAAAAAAAGAUGAAAAAUUAUAUAAAACAUAAUAAUGCUGAUCAGAUUCCCGUUUAGUAAAAUAUAAAAUAAAACGAUGGCAAACAUCAAGCGAUAAUUUUCGAUUGUAAACAAAUAGCUAAAUAAUUCGUUCACUCAGCCAAGACGAGACGCGCUUUCAGUUCCACAAAUUACAGUUGUCUUUUUUCAUAUAAAGUUGUUUAAAAUCGAUUUGCAGAUCAACACACUGUAAAAAGCUGAAUUCUGUAUGUACACCGUAAUUGCAGUGUUUUGGGAAAAAAAGUUAUGUUAACCGUACAUUACAUUUGAUCUGUUAUUUCUUCCCUGUUGUAGCAGAUGGAAAAAGUGUCCCCAAAUUCAGUUCUUGGCACUCGAAACAAAAACAGUCAGUCAGCUGUGUACUAUUCAGUAGAGGUGAUUUAAGUUCAAUUAUGAAAAAUCUAUGAUGGUCAAGGUUUUUAGCGAUAGCAAUGCAAUUGUACCAUUGGAAAACAUACAUUCAAAUAAUAUGAAAUGUAAAUGAUAGGCAACUCCCAGUUGAAAGAGUUCUUUUUUGUUUUUAUUUUUUUCCAAUUUCAUCAUGGCAACAUUUCAAGUCAGAUCAAACGUAAUAUCGUUCAUUAUUUAUAAUAAGAACAGAUUGUGAUGUAGAAAUGCCCCUAGUGGAAUAAUGAGCUUGCGCAGUUAAGUAGAAUAAAAGUAGUUUAAACUUCCGUUUUUUCCUUUCCUAUAAUAUUGGUUGCACUUUUUUGUUUGUUUAUUGUUUGCUUAAAUUAUUUUUCAAAAAAAAUCUACCUUCUAUGCUUUAUCGACAUAGUACUCACACAUCCAACUUAGUCAUUGUUUAACACAGCGUUCGCUAAUGUUGAUUCAGCAUAACAAAACAAAAAUCUUUGUUCUUUUCAUUUCGCAAUUUUUUCUUUCUUAUUCGUCUCUUUCGGAACGCUUACAUGGAUUUAUAUUAAGAACCCCAGCUGGUAAAACAAGAUGCAAAUCAAUAGCAAAACGUUCUCUGAAAAAAAUAAUAAAGUGAUAUACAAUUUUAAUGAAAAGAACACUGAAAGUUAUAUAUAAAACAAAGUGAUGUGAAAAAGUAUAUUGUAGAACAAAGAGUAAAGUGAAAAAGAAAUAAAAGUAUAUAAAAACGGAUAUAUUAGCAAUUGCAACAUCUCAUUUUAUAUUUUGUUAACUGACGGUAAAUCGAAAGAUUAAUAGCAGAGGAUCGUUCGAGAAGAAUAAAACACAAACAAACAAAACAACAUUGAUUGCAAAGUGUAAAGUCCGAAUCACAGAAAAUAAACAAUAAAGAGAGCUAAUUUCAA